AUGAAGUCGCCUCCCUGCUGUAUGUCUCUUUCUUCCCAAGCAUCUUUGGAGGAACCAGGGAGUAGCACAUCCUUGGGCUCCCUGAACUCCAGUGUUUUCUCCAGCGAGGAAGAGCAGGGGCCCCUGCUGCAGAAGGUCGUUCCCCCCUUGGACUGCUUUACUAUCAAUGUAGGAGGCAGCCGCUUCGUGAUGUCCCAGCAAACUUUGUCAUGCUACCCUGACACCCGGCUUGGCAAACUGGCCGUAGUGGUCUCUGCUGCCCGGGAUGUGGCCUCUGGCCUCCUUGAGCUCUGCGAUGAUGCCAACCUUGUGGAGAAUGAGUACUUCUUUGACCGGAGCUCACAGGCAUUUCACUACAUCCUGAAUUACUACCAGACAGGGAGGCUGCAUGUGAUGGAGCAGCUUUGUGCACUCUCCUUCCUGCAAGAGAUCCAGUAUUGGGGUUUGGAUGAGCUCAGCAUUGAUUCCUGAGACCGGUACUUCAGGAGAAAAGAGCUGAGUGAAGCCUUAGACAUCAAGAAAGAUGCAGAAGAACUGGAUGCCCAAGAUGAAGAAGAGGACUUUUCUGGUAGUAUCUGUCCCAAUGUCAGACAGAAACUUUGGGAAGUUUUGGAAAAGCCUGGUUCCUCUGCAGCAGCCAGGACUUUUGGCACUUUGUCCAUGGCUUUUGUUGUUGUUUCCAUUGCCAAUAUGGCUUUGAUUUCGGUAGAGCUCAGCUGGCUGGCACCACCGCUACUGGAUGCCCUAGAGUACCUGUGCAUUGCAUGGUUCACAGUGGAGUUUGUUCUGAGGUUCCUGUGUGCACGAGAUCGAUGUCGCUUCCUAAGGAGUGUGGCCAACAUCAUAGAUCUCCUUGCUAUUUUGCCUUUCUACAUCACCUUGCUGGUGGAGAGCCUGUGUGGUGGGGAGAGUUCCCAAGAACUAGAGAACGUGGGACGCAUUGUCCAAGUGCUGAGACUGCUCAGAGCCCUGCGGAUGUUGAAGCUGGGAAGACAUUCAACAGGUUUGCGGUCUCUUGGGAUGACUAUUGCUCAGUGCUAUGAGGAGGUUGGCCUUCUGCUGCUUUUCCUCUCUGUAGGAAUCUCUAUAUUUUCCACUGUGGAGUACUUUGUUGAGCAAGGUGUGCCAGGCACAACUUUCACAAGCGUACCUGGUGCUUGGUGGUGGGCAACAACUUCCAUGACAACAGUUGGUUAUGGUGACAUUAGACCAGACACUACCAUGGGUAAGGUAGUAGCCUUUAUGUGUAUACUAUCAGGAAUACUUGUUUUGGCUUUGCCAAUAGCUAUAAUAAAUGACCGGUUUUCUGCCUGUUACUUUACACUGAAGAUAAAAGAAGCUGCUCUUCGGCAGCGUGAAGCUUUGAAGAAACUCAUGAAGAACUCAUCCAGUGAUUCCAAUAUCAAUGUUAAUUUGCGAGACAUAUACGCACGCAGUGUCAUGGACAUGUUGCGGUUAAAAAGCAGAGAGAGAGCAAGUACACGGAGCAGUGGUGCAGAUGAUUUUUGGUUUUGACUUUGAAGUUAUUUAACCUUGAAUAGCACAUAGACUACUUAAAAAUGUAGUAUUAAGCAUCUCUUUUUUAUUAUUUGCCACAUCGUGUAUUUGCUUUUCCAAGUGGAGUUUUACUUACUUGGACAGACUGAGAAAACUAUUGUAUACAAAAGGCAGAAUUCAUAACAUGGAAUCUCUCAAGGAGCUCUAAAACCUGCUUCCAGAACUGGAUCAUGGUGGAUGAGAUGAGAAAUAAUGGAUCCAUGAAAGUAAAAGUGAUGCAAACAUUUGUAUAAUCUUAUGUCCCUGAUAAUGUAUAAUAAUAAAGUCUUCGUGAAAAUUG